UGAGAUCAGAUAGUUACUGAUUUCUGAGAGUUUAAUCGGAAACGCCGUCAUCAUGCCUGAACCAGCGAAGUCCGCGCCGAAGAAAGGCUCCAAGAAGGCCGUCACUAAGACCGCCGCGAAAGGAGGAAAGAAGCGCAGAAAGUCCAGGAAGGAGAGCUACGCCAUCUACGUGUACAAAGUGCUGAAGCAGGUUCAUCCUGACACCGGGAUCUCUUCGAAGGCGAUGGGCAUCAUGAACUCUUUCGUCAACGAUAUCUUCGAGCGCAUCGCCGGUGAGUCGUCUCGUCUCGCUCACUACAACAAGCGCUCCACCAUCACUUCCCGAGAGAUCCAGACCGCCGUGCGUCUGCUGCUGCCCGGGGAGCUGGCCAAACACGCCGUGUCUGAGGGCACCAAGGCCGUCACCAAGUACACCAGCUCCAAGUAGAACAGUCGGAGGCUGUGAAACACCCCAAAGGCUCUUUUAAGAGCCGCC